AAAAGAUACAGUAUACGGACUCGAACCAGUGACGAGACCUACGAGAAACCAUAAACAUAUAAAUUAUAAAGUGUUAUUCUAUUCAAUACUAAUUACCGUGCUCUUGUGAAAAUGAGCUAUCCACCUCACGGACCGCCACCUCCCCCAUACUACGGACACCCAGGAUGGGCUCCACCACCACCGCCAUAUCCUCCUCGUCAUACUUAUCCGCCUACAGAUUAUGGCCAAGUUACACCGCAGCAUCCCCCACCAAUGCCGUACUAUGUUCCUGGAACAAUGAUGGUGCCCGUGCCUGUAAUGCCGCCACCAGACUCAAAUCAACCAACGUACAUUACCAAUUAUAUCUAUCACGGAGAAACAUCCAGCACGCCGUCUGAACAAGUGCAAAUAUCUGAAACCGCUGGCGAUUACGACUGGGUUCCAACAACUUCGACGACAGCCAGCAGUCUUACUGGGAAGGCAGUCAUAGGAGGCCAAGAAGGUUGGGAUGGGAGCCCCCUGUGGGUGAUUCGGGCUUGGCACAAUGGAGAACUGAUCCCUGGAAAGUUAUCUGUGAGACACAAUGCAGCUUCUGUCAUGUUUAACGGUAAAGAGAUUCCAGUGCAGAAUAUUGAAGUUUUAUGCGCUAAGCCCGAUUAUCUUAGAUGGGUGCCGGCUUCUAAUGGAUCUGUACCACCUGGAGCGAUCGCUGGAGGGAGAACAACAUCUGGAGAAACUCUAUACGUCGGAAGAGCGAGACACCAACUAUCAUUGACGCCUGGCAAAGUUCAUCCGACUCAUAAUACAUGUUACAUAGGAUUUGGAGGGGCGGAAAUAGCUUAUAAAAUGUACGACGUGCUCUGCAGGAUAAGUUAGAUUGAAAAAAGACUGAUUUUGUUUCAUAUUUUAAAUGAUUAAUGAGUGAACAAAUUAUGUAAUGAAAUAUCCAUUACAAUAACCAAAAUAAAAGUAAAAAAGUUUUUUGUAUUAAAAUUAUUAUUAAUAUUAUAAAUGUGUACAAUACACUGAUAUUUAAAAACUUUAUAUAUUUAUGUGUUUUAAAUCAUGUCUGAUAUCCUUUAUCUAUAAUAGAUAUAUUAUCAGUAAGUGAUAAAUAAAGAUAUGAUAACGAAUA